AUGUGGCCCCAACAAGAGAAGUUCGCCUGGGCCGCGAGGCCUAGGGUCCAUCCUAAGCCUAAGCCUAAGCCUAAGCCUAAGCCUAAGCCUAAGCCUAAGCCUAAGCCUAAGCCUAAGCCUAAGCCUAAGCCUAAGCCUAAGCCUAAGCCCAAGCCUAAGCCUAAGCCUAAGCCUAAGCCUAAGCCUAAGCCUAAGCCUAAGCCUAAGCCUAAGCCUAAGCCUAAGCCUAAGCCUAAGCCUAAGCCUAAGCCUAAGCCUAAGCCUAAGCCUAAGCCUAAGCCUAAGCCUAAGCCUAAGCCUAAGCCUAAGCCUAAGCCUAAGCCUAAGCCUAAGCCUAAGCCUAAGCCUAAGCCUAAGCCUAAGCCUAAGCCUAAGCCUAAGCCUAAGCCUAAGCCUAAGCCUAAGCCUAAGCCUAAGCCUAAGCCUAAGCCUAAGCCUAAGCCUAAGCCUAAGCCUAAGCCUAAGCCUAAGCCUAAGCCUAAGCCUAAGCCUAAGCCUAAGCCUAAGCCUAAGCCUAAGCCUAAGCCUAAGCCUAAGCCUAAGCCUAAGCCUAAGCCUAAGCCUAAGCCUAAGCCUAAGCCUAAGCCUAAGCCUAAGCCUAAGCCUAAGCCUAAGCCUAAGCCUAAGCCUAAGCCUAAGCCUAAGCCUAAGCCUAAGCCUAAGCCUAAGCCUAAGCCUAAGCCUAAGCCUAAGCCUAAGCCUAAGCCUAAGCCUAAGCCUAAGCCUAAGCCUAAGCCUAAGCCUAAGCCUAAGCCUAAGCCUAAGCCUAAGCCUAAGCCUAAGCCUAAGCCUAAGCCUAAGCCUAAGCCUAAGCCUAAGCCUAAGCCUAAGCCUAAGCCUAAGCCUAAGCCUAAGCCUAAGCCUAAGCCUAAGCCUAAGCCUAAGCCUAAGCCUAAGCCUAAGCCUAAGCCUAAGCCUAAGCCUAAGCCUAAGCCUAAGCCUAAGCCUAAGCCUAAGCCUAAGCCUAAGCCUAAGCCUAAGCCUAAGCCUAAGCCUAAGCCUAAGCCUAAGCCUAAGCCUAAGCCUAAGCCUAAGCCUAAGCCUAAGCCUAAGCCUAAGCCUAAGCCUAAGCCUAAGCCUAAGCCUAAGCCUAAGCCUAAGCCUAAGCCUAAGCCUAAGCCUAAGCCUAAGCCUAAGCCUAAGCCUAAGCCUAAGCCUAAGCCUAAGCCUAAGCCUAAGCCUAAGCCUAAGCCUAAGCCUAAGCCUAAGCCUAAGCCUAAGCCUAAGCCUAAGCCUAAGCCUAAGCCUAAGCCUAAGCCUAAGCCUAAGCCUAAGCCUAAGCCUAAGCCUAAGCCUAAGCCUAAGCCUAAGCCUAAGCCUAAGCCUAAGCCUAAGCCUAAGCCUAAGCCUAAGCCUAAGCCUAAGCCUAAGCCUAAGCCUAAGCCUAAGCCUAAGCCUAAGCCUAAGCCUAAGCCUAAGCCUAAGCCUAAGCCUAAGCCUAAGCCUAAGCCUAAGCCUAAGCCUAAGCCUAAGCCUAAGCCUAAGCCUAAGCCUAAGCCUAAGCCUAAGCCUAAGCCUAAGCCUAAGCCUAAGCCUAAGCCUAAGCCUAAGCCUAAGCCUAAGCCUAAGCCUAAGCCUAAGCCUAAGCCUAAGCCUAAGCCUAAGCCUAAGCCUAAGCCUAAGCCUAAGCCUAAGCCUAAGCCUAAGCCUAAGCCUAAGCCUAAGCCUAAGCCUAAGCCUAAGCCUAAGCCUAAGCCUAAGCCUAAGCCUAAGCCUAAGCCUAAGCCUAAGCCUAAGCCUAAGCCUAAGCCUAAGCCUAAGCCUAAGCCUAAGCCUAAGCCUAAGCCUAAGCCUAAGCCUAAGCCUAAGCCUAAGCCUAAGCCUAAGCCUAAGCCUAAGCCUAAGCCUAAGCCUAAGCCUAAGCCUAAGCCUAAGCCUAAGCCUAAGCCUAAGCCUAAGCCUAAGCCUAAGCCUAAGCCUAAGCCUAAGCCUAAGCCUAAGCCUAAGCCUAAGCCUAAGCCUAAGCCUAAGCCUAAGCCUAAGCCUAAGCCUAAGCCUAAGCCUAAGCCUAAGCCUAAGCCUAAGCCUAAGCCUAAGCCUAAGCCUAAGCCUAAGCCUAAGCCUAAGCCUAAGCCUAAGCCUAAGCCUAAGCCUAAGCCUAAGCCUAAGCCUAAGCCUAAGCCUAAGCCUAAGCCUAAGCCUAAGCCUAAGCCUAAGCCUAAGCCUAAGCCUAAGCCUAAGCCUAAGCCUAAGCCUAAGCCUAAGCCUAAGCCUAAGCCUAAGCCUAAGCCUAAGCCUAAGCCUAAGCCUAAGCCUAAGCCUAAGCCUAAGCCUAAGCCUAAGCCUAAGCCUAAGCCUAAGCCUAAGCCUAAGCCUAAGCCUAAGCCUAAGCCUAAGCCUAAGCCUAAGCCUAAGCCUAAGCCUAAGCCUAAGCCUAAGCCUAAGCCUAAGCCUAAGCCUAAGCCUAAGCCUAAGCCUAAGCCUAAGCCUAAUUAA